AUGGAGUCUGUCGAGAGUCCGGCGAGAGGUGCAGACUACCUGGACCAGACGCUGCGGCUUCUGCAAGAAAGGACACAUCAUGUUCACAAGCGCUCUCUUAACGCUACAGAUCUGCUCACUGAGGAGGAGCUGAAAAGUUUGGUUGAAAUCACUGGAUGUGCAGCAAGAGUCAGGCUGCCAAACUGUCGAACAACACCAAAUGUGAACAAAUAUCGUACCGCAACCAGCGUGUGCAACAACUUGCAAAGCCCUCGUCUCGGUGCUUCGAAUACUCCGUUCACUCGAUGGUUUCCAGCUGAGUACGAUGAUGGCAUAUCUCAACCCAAAGGAUGGAACAACAGGAACAUGAAUAACUUCCUGCUUCCAUUGGUCAGACAGGUAUCCAACAACAUUUUGGCUACAACAGAUGCAGGUGUGAUCAAUGACAGAGAGCUCACACAUAUGGUCACCUUGUUUGGCCAAUGGAAUGAUCAUGACUUGACUUUUACCCCAUUCUCUCCGAGCAUUAGUUCAUACAGCAACGGAAUCAACUGCGAUUCCUCCAUGUGA